AUGCCGCAGAUCAUCGUGUAUGUGCACGACAAGAGGGUUUCUUUGGGAGUCGUGCUGACCAUCUACAGGGGGGCUCUUCUCAAAGGGAAAGACAAAUCAGAGGCCGGCCGGAAAUUGAGGGUCACGAAGCCCUCCGUACAUGCACUCCCGGUGCUCACUUGCAGCCGGGUGAGGGUGGUCCAUUUGACGGAAUCCGCACCAUUGCGCUACUUUGCCUGUUCUCACAGCCCCAUUGAGCUGCUGACUCCGCAGUGUUUCCUCGGCCACGUGGGGAACAUCGACUUCGCGAACUGCGAGACGAAGCUCCGGGUUGCAAUCACCCAGGUCACCAAAGACCAGCUGGACAAAUUGCAGUGCCAGCCGGAGCUGUUGUCGGCCCCGGCAACGGUUGCUGCUGAUGGCGAUGGAGCGCACCUGGAGUCCGCUGACGUGCAGCUGCACAGCGAGCGACGGAUAUACUCCGCUGUGGAUUUCACGAACUCCAUUCAGGGAUCCAAAAAUUUGGAGAAGUUCCUGCUGACCGUGCCCAAGCUGUGGAGUGACAAGGGCGUCCCGAUCACGGACGAGAGCGGCUGCAUAGUGCUGCAAGGAGGCAAGAGCCUACAAUGGUUUCACAUUUGCAAGCGAGCUCCCGAGUACUUCGACAUUGCGUACAGUGGCUCAGCCAAGAACUUCGGCCGCUUCGUUGUCGGCCAGAUGUCGCAGGUACUCCCCGAGGGCGAUUUCGCUGCAGCCAAGAGUCGCUUGUACAGACUCGUCGGCAAGAUCGAUGGAGACUUCAAGAAGGGAAUCGCGCUCCUCCGCAUGUCCAACAUUGCAUACCGGAAGCCUGCACCUGCCAAGUCUCGGUGCGGAGUACCUGCUGGCAAUGAUCGUGAUGCAGGCGAGGCUGCCACUGAUCGUCUCGCAGACGAUGAUCGUCAUGCAGACGAGGGUGGCAACGAUCGAGACGCAGACGAGGUAGGCACUGAUCAAGACGCAUGCAAGCAGACCAAGCAGACGGAAAGUCCACCCGUACGUGGUGAGAGGGUCAUCGUUUGCUUAUGA